AUGGCUGAUACUGGAACUGAUACUAAUGUACAAAACAUGCAGACUGAUGGAUAUACACCAGUUAAUGAAAAACAGAAUCAACAAAGAGGAAAUACGAAAAUUUUAACAGGUGGAACACCUAAGCCUCACUCCAUAGAAAAUAUGCCGUCAACUCCACAUAUUUCAGGAGAUAUCACUUUAACACCAACACAUCGAACAUUCACUCCACAAACUCCAUCUGUGAAUCCACAUAAUUCUAUGAGCGCCAUUACCCCAAUGGCAAGUGCGGUUGAUCAAGCAAAAAAUAGUAUAAAAUUCCAAAAUUGUAUUUCAACAGUAAGUUUAGACUGUGAACUGAACUUGUUAGACAUAUACUGUAGAACAAGGUUUUCAGAAUACAACCCUGCUAGAUUUAAUGGAGUCGUUAUGAAGAUUUUAGAACCUCGAGCAACAGCCCUAGUAUUUAGGUCUGGUAAAAUAGUUUGUACUGGAGCCAAAAAUGGACAUGACUCAUAUAUAGCAGCUAGAAAAUUUGCCAGAAUUAUCCAGAAACUUGGUUUUCCGGUGAAAUUUGUUGAUUUCAAAGUUCUUAAUUUUCUAGCAACAGCAGAUUUAAGAUUUCCAAUAAAACUGGAAGCGUUACAGCAAGCUCACGGUCAGUUCACUUCUUAUGAACCCGAACUUUUCUCUGGCCUUGUAUAUAGAAUGAUACGACCAAGAGUAGUGUUGCUAAUAUUUGUUAAUGGAAAAAUGGUUAUAACAGGCGCCAAAACUAAUCAAGAAGUUUAUGAAGCAGUUGACAUAAUACAUCCAAUUUUAAGAAGUUAUAAGAAAAAUUGA